AGUAUACCAAUACUAUAUGUUUGAUAAAGCACACAUAUAUUUAAAAAUUCUACAGAAAACAGAAUUUAGAAUUGUUUUCAAAAUUUGGGUGUUUUUAUGUAAAGUCACUCCUUUUUCCUAUGGUACUUGAAGAAGGAGUGAUGAUUCCUCUGUGUAACCUCACUUGGCAGGGAAGGAGCUAUGUAAAGGAUAUUAAAAAUGGCAUCCUUGUGUUCUCUACCAGAGUAAACCUAGUGGUCACAGUUCAUAUGAAAUAUGACCUCAGUAAAUGCCGGCUUUGUCUCCCUUCCUGUGAGGACAGAGUCCCACAUAUGACAGCAAUGAGGAACGUGAGCCUUGUGACAACGUUCUUCCUCACGGGCCUUCCCCACACACCAGCCCUGGGCUCCACACUCUUUGGCGUCUUCCUGGUGGUCUACGUCCUCACCGUGCUGGGGAACCUCCUCAUCCUGCUGGUGAUCAGCAUGGACUCUCGCCUCCACACCCCCAUGUACUGCUUCCUCACCAACCUGUCCUUCAUCGACGUGUGGUUCUCCACUGUCACGGUGCCCAAAAUGCUGAUGGCCUUGGUGUCCCCGGACGGCGGGGCCCUCUCCUUCCACAGCUGUGUGGCGCAGCUCUAUUCUUUCCACUUCCUGGGGAGCACCGAGUGUUUCCUCUACACAGUCAUGUCCUAUGACCGCUACCUGGCCAUCAGUUACCCGCUCAGGUACACCAGCAUGAUGAGUGGCAGGACGUGCGCCCUGCUGGCCGCUGGCACCUGGCUCAGUGGCUCCCUGCACUCUGCUGUCCAGACCACCUUGACAUUCCGCUUGCCCUACUGUGGGCCCAACCAGAUCCAGCAUUACUUCUGUGAUGCACCACCCAUCCUCAAGCUGGCCUGUGCAGACACUUCAGCCAAUGAGAUGGCCAUCUUUGUCACCAUUGGGGUGGUGGCCUCGGGCUGCUUUCUCCUGAUAGUGCUGUCCUACGUGUCCAUCGUCUGCUCCAUCCUGAAGAUCCGCACCUCAGAGGGGAGGCACUGAGCCUUUCAGACCUGUGCCUCCCACUGCAUCGUGGUCCUGUGUUUCUUUGGCCCUGGAAUAUUCAUUUACCUGAGGCCAGGCUCCAAGGAUGUCAUGGAUGGGGUUGUGGCUGUUUUCUACACUGUGCUGACCCCACUGCUCAACCCAGCUGUAUACACCCUGAGGAACAGGGAGGUGCAGAAAGCUCUCCUGAAGCUGACAAGUGGUUCACUAUUUACUCAGGGUGCAUAAUCACGGGAGGACACACACAUGCACACACACACAGACAUACACACACACAUAUAUAUAUUUCUUUUUAUUUAUAGUUAAAUUAAAAUAUAUAAGAAUUGGGAGUAUAUUUCAAACAUCCUCUCAAUUUUUAAUGGAAGUUAAUGAAUAUUUGUUAUUUACUGUAAAUGUUUGUAAGAAUACCAGUUAAAGCACACCUAAUGAGUAAAAUAUUAGUGCAAGAAUAAUCACCAAUUAUGUUUUUAUUUUGUAUUUUUUAAUUUGUUAUUUAUAAAAUGGAAACAAACUUCAUGUAUUUCAUGUACAUAGUUUUGAGAGCAUAAUGAUAUGUCUCAUACUACUCUUCUUCCCUCCUUCACUCCAACCCUCCCUUUUUCUUCUCUUAUUUUUCUUUUAAUUUUUACAUUGACAUACUUUUUAAUUUUCUCCAUAAUUAUGAGCCUAACCCUCUAGUAAAUAAGGAAUUCACCACGUAGUAAGGAGAAAACCUACUGUUCGUUAAAAGUGUUUGCAUGUUCCAUUAAGGCAAACUCACUCUCUGGUAAGGAAACAACGUGGCAUCACCAAAGCUCAUCGUGCUGAGCAUAGUGUGUGCUGGAGAUGUCCACCUCAGUUUUCACUUGGAA